GAUGGGGACCCCGUGGUCCUCACUGCGCCUGGUUGGAGACGCUGCAAGAUAUGGCUGCCAACCGAUGUCAGUGGCGAUCUUGACUGUUGUGGAUCAAUGAACCCACUGAAUUGGCUCGCUUCUAUCAACGAAAAUCGUCAAGAAAACGAGCCAUUCGAUACCUCACUGGUUUUGCCGCUGACUGUUGGGUUAGGGACUGUUGUUGUGAGCGUCCUUCUCGGUUACCGGGGUGGUAUCCUUGGAAGCUCGAAGAGGUCUCUUAUUAGCAAGUCGAUCAAGGAGUCUACAGACAUGGUUAGCUCGUCACGCGACGCGGUCAAACGUAAAUCCACCAAGUCGACAAUGAAGCCGAAGCCGUCAUUGUCUCAUACCUCCGAAUCAAAGCCUCAGGCAACGGUUGAACCCACUCCUCAGGUUAUCGCCCCAGACGUAGCCCAGGGCUACGUCCAGUCACCUCCAAUCUUAUCAAAUCAUGUGCUAUCAAGUGUUGCAGCACAAGAUCACCCGAAUCAUCAUAACAAAGGACCCUCGCCCACUUCCUUCAAUUCUGAUAAGCCGAAAUUAGAACCUUCUCUCCAUAAACCAUCACCUCCUACAGAGAAUAAGAAAUCCAAAAAAACAAAGCGACUCACGAAACAGGAGCCUCCACCUGUAUCUACACCCGAAAUAGAGACUACCGAAACCGAUACCACAUGGGUGACUGUGAUUCCUAAGAAAGUCAGGCCCCCCACAGUUGGUUCAUCCAACGAGUCUUCUCAAGCUGCCGCAUCCCUUCCCUCAUCCACCUCUAGUGCCAAGAAAAAGACCAGAGAACCUGUGAUCACUGAAGAAAGCCGCACAAAUGCUCCAGUUCCACCCAACCAACGGUCAGAGCCUGUCGAAGCCGAAGUAAUCGUCCCCUCUCCAACUGCCAGAUUAACGUCUGUUCAACAAACGAACCCAAACCCCGCCGCAUCGCAAACUGUUGCUGAGGCAAGCAAGGUGAAACCAUCAUUAGAAACCCAACAGGUCAAGUCCGUAAAGCGUGGGGAUGAACCAUCGUCAAAAGUUACCCGACCCUCGGACCCCACACCAGCCGUACCCACAUCGUCUACUGUCUCGUCUACCCCUAUGGCAGGGACCGAUGAGACAGAAAAACUGACCGCAGCCUACGAGGAUAUCCUACGUCGGACGCUUGGCAGUGAAACUGUUGACAGUGUUCGUGGUCUACUCGGGUUGUCCGAGUCCUCGGCUAGUGGGCAAACGCCACCAAUUUCGAAGUCGCUCGCCGCAGCUACGCAUUUGCCGGCGGCAAAUGAAUUGUACACACGUCACCUGUCUGCUCAAGUCGAGGCGAAGGAAGCCGAAUGCCAGUCAUCUGGGCUGUGGUCGGACUAUCACUCCCGAUGUCAUGAUCAUUCAUCUAGCUACAAUUUCGAUGCAGUUUCGUUGGAUUUCGCUCCACGCUAUCAAAUCGCGUCUUUCUGCUCCUCUCACCAGUUGCUUCGAAGUGAGGUCAUUCACCUGCGUGAAGAAGUCAAACGAAUCACUACCAGCGUUCCCCAACCCUGUCCCCGUCCGUCUGUUCAUGUGGAAACCAUGACGGAGUUGCAGGUUGAAGCUAAACCCGAGCCCAAGCUUGAUUCUACCCCAACUCUCGUCAAAGCAUCCAACCCACAACGAUCUCAAAGUCCUGAUUCAGUGUUGCUGCGAACGCUGCAAGAUGAAAUAGCUCGUCUGGCCAAAGAGAUUACUCUGUCACAUCAACGGAACGAAAACCUCGAAGCACGUCUGGCCACGACAACAAAACAAAUGAAUGUGGCCAAACGUGAAUCGACCCAACUUGCGAACUCACUGCAGAAAGAGUUGACCGCACAAACCCAGCGAGCCGAUCGAUCGGAGGAGCAGCGGGCCCAAAUCGAAAUACAGCUGCAAGACCUGAUCCAACAGAGUGAAAUACAACGCCGAAAAAAUGAGGAGAAUGAACACGUUUCCGCACAGCAACUUGAACGCGCGCGGUGCGAGUACAAUACGCUGUUGACUCAAAAAGAUCAAUGGGACCAAGAACGUGCCAGUUUGCUAUUGGAUAAAGACCGAUUAACUCAGGACUUUGACCUGCUCAACGCAAAACAUAAUGCUAUCGUCGCUGAAAUGGAUUCUGUGCGGAGAAACGCCGAAGAUCUUCGACAACGACUUCAAGAUGCGGAGGUUCGAGUCCAAUCGUUGGAUCAUGACCGUACGGCCUCCCUAAUGGAGUCGGACAAGAAGCUGACCCAACUGGAGUCGGAGUUGGUCGAACUUCGCGAGCGCGAACAAGAAGCCAGAACUCUUCAAGCAGCUGCAGAGUCUACAGUAGCGACCUUGACUUCAGAGUUGAACCAAGCGAACGCCGUACUGGCUUUACAAAGUCAACAAUCAGCUGACGAACGAUCCAAGGUUGUCGACUUGGAAUUGGCCCUGAAUGAGGAACGUGCCAAACGGGAACAGUUUGAGUUCCACCUGGCCGAAGCUAUGCGAACUCAUCCAGACUCAGUCACGCAGCCGGUUGUUGCCGAACCCCGAGCGUGUGUGGAUGCCACAACACAAGCAGAUCCCGAGCCUUCCACUGAGUACGAACCUUCCGAGACCGUUCGAGAACCCGUGGAAGAACCGGUGAUGCAGUCCAUCGUGACAGCGCAGGUGGAUGAGACGGAGCACAAGUUCACCGACUUGGAAGCCCAAGUCGCCCACUACAAGUCUGCGUUGGAUGUCACCGAGACCAUGCUAUCGAAAUUGCAAUGUUCCGUGGAUGAAGAGGAGCAUCGGUGGCGCGAGGCCCUGGGAGCUUCGAAGAUGGAGUGUGAACUUUUGGAACUGAAGAUUGCCAAGCUUGAAGCCACUGUAUCCACGUUAACCGGAGAACGUGACGAGCUGAAUAAGACGAUACAAGAACUCCAAAUUGACCAUCAGUUUAAUUUGGCACAGGCAGAACUCCAGUCUAUCGACGAACAGCGAUCUAGUGCGCACUCGAUUUCCGUUGCCCGGAUUAUGGACACCGUGAGCUACGAUGAGAAUACACCGAAGCCAGACCUUAUUCGACUACUUAAUCGAUUCCGUUGUCUGGUUCAGAUUGAACAUGAGACUUUAAAACGCGAACAGGCCAAUUGUGCUCGAUUGCGGUCGCAACUGUCGACCCUCGAGCGCCACACACAUAAUGGAAAUUCCAACUCAACCACAUUAACCAUGCAACCGACUGCCAUUGCCACCCAACCUUUCAGUGAUCCGCCUGAGGUUUCCAAUUACGAUGCUGAAAACCUCGCUGGCACCGCUUCCUCGUCUAACGGUAUGGGUCACAAGUUCCCUCAUUCAACAAAGCUCCAGGACGCGGAGGCCAACGGUGUUUCCAACAGACUUUCACCGCAAACGUCUCCCAAUGGCCUCGGAUGCGAACUGAAUGGCACCUCCGGAUAGAGUCAUUUCAUGUAUACCAGCUGGACACCCUAUCACUUCAUCAUUUAUACUCCCCCGGCUCAGUUCCCCCUACCCCCUAUACCCCAGCAACAUUGUCUUCAGUUUGCAUUCAAAAGAUCGCUUCUGGAACUUCAUUUCUACUCUCUCUGCGUACGAUGAAUUUCAUCCUUGUGUUGAUCGCACCAAUGUAUUGUGAAGUGCAACUGAUUCUCCUUUACUGCCUUUGAGUAGGAUGUUUCUGCCAGUUCACUAAACUACUAGGGCUCUUUUGAUGAACGGACACUUCCUUUUUCUUCCUAGUAUAGGGCACAUCCUAGCUUGUCCCACAUGUUUUUGUCCCUUCCCACGAUUCGACGCAAUCAGAUCAACUGUGUUAUCAAUCUUUCUGCCUCGAUCAACGCUUGAAGCGCAGAAGAGAAUGCGUGCUUGGUGUGUACAUAAACAUAUUCUUACACGGUGACACAACUCAUCCAAUCAGCGGCCUCCGUGGAAUCCGAAGCGAUCAUUACUUCGUCUCGUGUUUUUUCUCUUUGAAAGGGGGUCCGUGGUCCUCCAACAACAUGCAAUAGAUGUUUAUCAUACGGGUGCAUUGUUGUUACGCUAAACUCUAUUUUUCCUCCACCACUGUCUUGGCUUAUCUGUCCCUACCUUCGGUUCUCGAGAGCACACAAACCUUCCCUGUAAAUCGUGCCUUAGACACCAGUUGCGCCCGCAUUUGGCUCGUGUGUGUGCCCGCCACCACCACCACCCCACCCCCUGUUCAACCGAACUUAAUCACCGGUGGUCGCAAAAUUCGGAACUAAUGUGCCAUACUGGCUGACAUCCCCGUCGCCAGAUGAUAGUAUUGUUUUUUUUCCGGGUCUAAUUUGAUUGCCCCCCCCCCCCACCCCGUUUCCCGUCGGAAUCACUUCUGUUCAUUUCUGGCGCUGUUUUGAUUGGCAUCGUUUCUUCUCUUCACAAAUCUCUUUCUAACUGCAGUCUUUCUAACAAGAUGACUUUACUUUGCAUCAAAUUCGCGUACCAACACAUCCACCCGAAACGGCCUUGUGUUUGCUGAUUAUCUGGUCAGUCAGUCGGUGGUCGUUCUUGUCAUGUGUGUGUGUGUGUGGAUCGGUGAUCUACCACUCUCCAUUUUGAAGUCGAAUGCAAUAUUAACUGGUUCAUCUCCUCAGCCUCGCUGACAACAAACAAAAAUCAUGCUGUUU